AUGCCUCCGUCUCGGAUUCCCUCAUAUAUGGAUGCUCUCGUCGACGAAACUCUCAUCCCUGAUCCGGCCGGUCCCACACGCGGACAGAUACGCGAGGAAGGGUGGAUUUUGGCGGAGGUUCAUCUCAAGAAGAGUGGCUACCGUCAGUGGAUUGGUAUCUCGGUCCUCUACAAGCAGCUCACUCUUCGAUGGGUCAUCUGGAUGCGAAAGUCCAUGUCCGGCAAAAUGAAAUAUCCUGCAAUCAGCCAAAUGAGACCUGAUGUCUUGGUAACGACGCCCGGGCUCGAGAGGGUUGAGUGCGAGCGACUUAUGAAGAUCAUGUAG